GACUUUAAGAUCCCUAACUUGGACGACCAUAAGCAACACCUACCUAAAGAAAAAUUCUGAAAAUUCCGCAAGUUAAAACAAAAAAAUUAAUUAUAACAAAGCAUAACAAACAUUUUGUACGGGACAACGGCUAAAAGGAAAUUUCAAUACUCAUGUCAAUAACCCUAUUGAGAGGUGGCAAGCAAAAGACCAAAUCUUGUGUAGGAAUGACCGUGAUGUCCAAGUCUUCAAUAGCGGAAAUAUGUGAGAAUGCUAAAUUGGCCAGAGACACGGCCCUUACCGGUGACUAUGAUUCAGCAUCCAUAUAUUAUGAGGGUCUUCAGGGGUUAUUGGCACGCAUGAUUAGUUCAACUAAUGAUCCUCUCAGAAAGGGCAAAUGGACUAUGGUUAAACAACAAAUUACCAAGGAGUAUUCACAGAUCAAAGAAAUACAACGUACAUUGUCGGAUAUGACUUUGGAUUUGCAGAGCUCACAGUUUGCAUCAAAAUUCAGAGCACAAGCCAGUGAAACUGAAACUAAAGACCCUUCGUCGUGGUUUCGUCCGGAUCCAGAUAUUUGGACUCCACCACCCAAGGAUCCUGAUGUUUGGGGGCCACCAAGACCAGAAAAACCCGCUGUUCCGAAUCGUAAUCGAAAUAUACCUGGCAAAAAGUCAGCUCCCCCUAAAAGCACAAUACCAACACGAAGCAAUGCUUCGAGCAACGGUUUGAAUAAAAAAUCGAAUACCGCAUCAUCGGCACGUUCUUCCGGUAAUACUCAUAGCAGUGGACCACGGGCUUCGACAACAAAUCGCAAGUCGGCGGCUAGCAGUACGAACUCCACUAGUUCCAAUAAAGAAGACAACGGCUCGAACAAAGAUAAUGACGAGGCCAGAGAUGAUGAAUCGCCCGAUCAAGAGGAGAAAGAAGAAAAGAAAUUUCAACCGAACAAUCACAUUGAGGCUGAGUUGGUCGAUAUUUUGGAACGUGAUAUUUUACAACGUAACCCUAAAAUACGCUGGAAUGACAUUGCCGAUUUGCAUGAUGCCAAGCGUUUGUUAGAAGAAGCAGUUGUAUUGCCAAUGCUAAUGCCAGACUAUUUUAAGGGCAUUCGUCGACCAUGGAAAGGUGUUCUUAUGGUUGGACCUCCAGGAACUGGAAAAACAAUGUUGGCGAAAGCCGUUGCCACCGAAUGCUGCACCACGUUCUUUAAUGUCUCCUCUUCUACGCUUACCUCUAAGUAUCGUGGCGAAUCGGAGAAAAUGGUACGCCUUCUGUUCGAAAUGGCGCGAUUCUAUGCACCCAGUACCAUUUUCAUAGACGAAAUCGAUUCACUGUGCUCUCGACGUGGUUCAGAAUCUGAACAUGAGGCAUCUCGUCGCGUUAAAUCCGAGUUGUUGGUGCAAAUGGAUGGUGUGGGCAGUGAAGAGGCCAAUAAAGUUGUUAUGGUUUUGGCUGCCACUAAUUUCCCCUGGGAUAUCGAUGAGGCUUUACGUCGUCGCUUGGAAAAACGUAUCUAUAUUCCCCUGCCGUCGGGUGAGGGGCGAGAGGCAUUGCUAAAAAUCAAUCUGAGAGAAGUCAAAGUUGAUGAAAGCGUUAGCCUUUCCACCAUUGCGCAGAAAUUGGACGGAUAUUCGGGAGCGGAUAUAACAAAUGUGUGCAGAGACGCCAGUAUGAUGUCAAUGCGCCGCAGAAUUGCUGGGCUGACGCCAGAAGAAAUUCGCCAACUGGCCAAGGAAGAGGUCGAUUUACCAGUGUCGGAGCAGGAUUUCAUGGAGGCGCUAAGCCGUUGCAACAAAAGUGUUUCUCAAGCUGAUUUAGACAAAUAUGAGAAAUGGAUGGCUGAAUUUGGUUCUUCAUGAUGGCCGCAAACAAUCAACACCAACAUCAAACGUCGCAUGCUAUUGUAGACGUUUGACUACCUUUUGCAGCACACACACACACAAACUGCAGACUUUUGUGAAAAUCUUAGCCAAGCUAAGCACUUACAACAACACACCCUAACCCCUAAUGUCCUCACCACAGAAAAGAAAAACAAGUGUUUUGAAGGAAGCAUUUUCACAAAGUGAUUAUGAUCUGCUUUCAUAAGAAAGGAACACACUCAAGUAAAGUAGGCGCAGUUGAAAAUGCCACCACACACAUAUACCAAUACCAUCCAAAUGCAAUUAAACGGAGAAAAGACUAACAAAUCGUACAUUUUAGGAGCAAAAUAUUCAUCGUUUUAAGUACCCGCCCAUACUCUUCAGCAAUUCCCCAUAGAAAUAACACACACGUACUACACGUUCUAAUGCUAUAUUAACUCUGGUUUUCCGUAGUCUUCGCCCUAAUUCUCAAUGUACUUCUCAACUCGUAGUUAUUAAUUCCCUAAAGUAUUCCACCAUUCCCUCAAAUACGCAUAGGUACAUCGUUAAUUAACAAUGCAAUGCAUCCCCUAUCCCAUCCAUCAAAAGCAGUUCGAAUUUUUUAUACAUACGCCCCCACAUUCAACACGCCUAAUUGUUAUUCGUUUGCUUCGUUUUUUCUCAUAUUCCUAAUUUCUAUUCAUAUAGUUCUUAUUCUUCUUUUUUUCAAAAUAAAGUUCUUCUGCCUUUUUUUUAACAA